ACAAGGUUUAUCGCUUCAAGUGGCACAUUGCUGGGGUCUAAGGAGUUGCCUCGUUUCGCGUUUCAUUUCAUUCGACUCAACAGCCCCGAUAAGAACCCUCCGUGGAGCGAAGCGUUCACCGAAAUGGCAUAUUUCAGUAGUGUACCGGUUUUUAUCACUCUGUUUUUACUGAAUAAUGCGGUAUCCGGGGCUACCUGUGGGAUUAAGGCAUGCCCCGUCACGAAAUUAAACAUGAUCAAUGUUCAUUUGGUCCCCCACUCGCACGACGAUGUCGGUUGGCUGAAAACGGUCGAUCAGUAUUACUAUGGAAGUCAGAACAAAAUUCAGCACGCUGGAGUGCAAUAUAUUUUGGAUACGGUGGUGGAGGAGCUCCUGAAGGACUCCAAGCGGCGUUUCAUCCAGGUGGAGACGUUCUUCUUUUCGAAAUGGUACGCCGAACAAAACGCAACUGUUCAACGAGCUGUACAAAAAUUAGUAGCAGAAGGACGACUGGAAUUUGCGGGAGGAGCUUGGAGUAUGAACGAUGAAGCCACAGUUCACUACCAAAGUGUAAUAGAUCAAUUCAAUUUGGGAUUGAAAUACUUAAACGACAUCUUUGGUGAUUGUGGACGACCGACAAUAGGUUGGCAGAUCGAUCCAUUUGGUCACUCCCGGGAAAUGGCCUCUAUUUUCGCUCAAAUGGGAUAUAAUGGCGAAUUUUUCGCUCGCAUGGAUUACGUGGACAAAAAGAAACGUCUGGAAGACCAAGGAAUGGAGAUGAUUUGGCAAUCAAGCGAAUCCCUAAAGGACUCUCACAUAUUUACUGGCAUGCUCUACAAUCACUAUUCAGCUCCUCCAGGCUUCUGUUUUGAUAUUAAUUGCCACGAUGCUCCAAUAAUCGAUGGCGAGAGCUAUGACAAUAACGUCGACCAAAGAGUCAAUGACUUCAUCGACUAUGUUAAGACAAUGUCAAAGUCCUUCCGAUCUACUCAUAUAAUGGUCCCAAUGGGAGACGAUUUUCAGUACGAAGAAGCCGCAGUUAACUACAAGAACAUGGACAAACUUAUUAAGUACGUCAACGAUCGCCAAUCGAAGGGAUCUCAGGUCAACGUUUUCUACUCAACGCCCUCCUGCUAUCUCCACGAAUUGCAUCAGUUGCAGCAAACGUGGCCGAACAAAACCGAGGACUUCUUUCCCUACUCCAGUGAUUCGCACUCCUACUGGACUGGUUAUUUCACCUCGAGGCCCACGCAGAAACGCUUUCAUCGCGAUGGAAAUCACUUCUUUCAAACGGUCAAGCAACUGAGUGUUCUGGCCAAUUUGACCAGCACUCGGCACUCCGAAGAUCUGGAGAGUCUUAGUCAGGCGAUGGGAAUAAUGCAGCACCAUGAUGCAGUUACGGGCACUGAAAAACAGGCGGUUGCCCGCGAUUACGACCGUAUGUUAUUCAAGGCAAUUGUAGACGCCGAGAAUAAUGCUCGCGAUGCCCUCCGAUCUCUGACCAAUCUCACUUCUGGGGAGUUCGAAAGUUGCCUAGAACUGAACAUAAGUGUUUGUUCUUUCACCCAGAACAGUGCCAACAAUGUGGUUGUCACACUGGUAAAUCUAUUGGCUCACACUUCAACACAAUAUGUGCGUAUUCCAGUGAAAAGCGAUAACUACAUAGUCACCGAUGAAAAAGGUCGUGAAAUACCUUCGGAAGUUGUCCCCGUUCCUUGGCAAGUUUUGGCUAUGGAACACCGAUCGAAUGACACGCAACACGAGUUGGUUUUUGAAGCCACAGUUGAAAAGAUUGCAAACUUCUUAAUCCGUGUACUACCUUCACCAAAAAGUAAUGUACAAAAUCUUAUUCAUUUCCCCACAGAGAAAGCCCUGGAUGAGUCCGAUGAAUUGACGGUGGAGAAUUCGCUCGUUAAACUCACUUUUAAUACAACUACGGGUGGCUUGAAAACCAUUGAAAUGAACGGCCUAACCGAAACUAUUGAUCAAAGCUUUGGCGUAUACAAGGGAUUUCGAGGCAAUAAUGGUGAAGCCAAAAACCGAUCGUCAGGGGCUUACGUUUUCCGUCCGGACGGAGGCUUUGAAAAACUAAAUAACAAAGUGGGGAUUUCGUUCUAUAAUGGCACCCGAGUUAAGGAGGUCCAUCAGCAUGUGAACGAGUGGAUAUCGCAGGUAAUCCGCGUUUACCAGGGCGACAAUCGCGUGGAAUUCGAAUGGUUGGUGGGACCGAUACCAACGGAAGAUGAAGUUGGAAAAGAGAUAGUCAUUCGCUUCUCGAGCAAUAUAUCCUCGAAGGGUAUAUUUUAUACAGACUCGAAUGGUCGGGAAAUGCUGGAACGCGAGAGAAACCAGCGUGACACCUUCAAUCCCGACAUGUCAGAGGCAAUAAGCGGAAACUAUUAUCCAGUAACCGGGCAAAUUUCACUGCAAGACGACGAGGUGCGAAUCACGCUGCUAAACGAUCGAGCACAGGGAGGAACUAGCUUGAAGGACGGGGAAUUGGAGCUUAUGCUGCAUCGGCGUUUACUGAAUGACGAUGCUUUUGGUGUUGGCGAAGCCCUUAAUGAGACUCAGUAUGGAACUGGGUUGAUCGCAAGGGGAAAGGUUUCCCUAAUUAUCGACGAGGCCUCAAAGAAGCCUAAUCACGCAGAGAGACUGGUUCAGCAUGAGAUAGACCAACCCUUUUGGAAGUUUUUCAGCAAAUCAAAUAGAGUACCAUCCGUAAAUAAGAACAUGAUUCCCGAUUUUACCGACUUCCCCCCGUUGGUCGAACUUCUUUCCUUUGAACAACAUUCUGAGGAUCACAUUUUGAUACGAGUGGAGAACUUUAAUACAAACGGAAAUGUAGUUAGCUUCAACAUUUAUCCCCUCUUUUCUUCCUUGAGUGGGUAUAAGAUUUGGGAAACAACUUUGGACGGAAAUAUGAAGUUGGGCGAUAUGAAGAGAUACAAAUUUAAUCAAGAUGGCAUUGGCAGUAUUCCUUCCUCCGUUGAAUAUUUCUACGCCCCACAUAACCCGAUGUCCUCCGAUUAUACAAUGGAUGCUUCUGAAUUCGUUGUGACACUGGUCCCAAUGCAAAUUCGUACAUUCAUCAUCCAACAGAAAAAUAUUGUAUACUGAAUGUAUCAAAAUAUUGAAAAUAUAACAAGAGAUAUUGGUUAAAAA